AUGCCAAGGAAGCCCAAGUUGACCACCGUCUUUCUGGCAACCUGCACGAGGAAGCAUGGGGUGAAGGCUGCUUUCGAGGUGCUGGCUGCGCUGAUGGACGGCCGCAUGGAAGCCAGCACGUUUCACGUCAACGCCCUCAUUGGCGCCUGCAAUCCCAGAGACUGGGCCUAUGCGCUUUCCAUCCUCUGCGGCUUGACCUCCCUGUCGGCGGAGCGUGAUGUAGUGAGUUUCAACUCAGCCAUCAACGUCUUCGAGAAAUCUUCAUGCUGGCCUCUAGCGGUCAGUGUUCUUAGAGAGAUGUCUACUACGGGAAUGAGUCCGAACGCCAUUGGAUACAGCACGGCUCUAAAUGCAGCGCAGAACGGCUGCCCCUGGGAGCUGUCUUCUAGCAUUCUGAGGGAUGUGCGCGUGGCGACUUUGGACAUCGGCGCCCAGGGCUUCAGCGCCGCGGUGCGGGCCGCGAAGGUCUGGCCCCAGGCGCUCCAGCUGCGCGCGGAGAUGGCCAGGUGCAGGGCACAGCCGGACCAGUGCACCUACAAUGCCGAGCUGCAUGCGAUGAAGUCUUGGCAUCAGGCUGUGCAGCUGUCAAGGACGCUGGCGCCGGAUUGCAUCGCCGCCAACAUGGUGAUCAAUGCCUGCGCAGGUGCCGGCGAGUGGGGGCAGGCUAUGGUGCUGCUCGAAAGCAUGGCGUCGGUGCAGCUGGAGCCAGAUGUGAUCAGCUGCAGCACGGCGCUGGGUGCUUGCGAGAGGAUUGGACAUUGGACGCUGGCAUGCCACUUGCUCGGCCUCGCCACACGCCUUCAGGUACGGCCGAAUUUGGUGACUCUGGGCACUUUGGUGGGAAGUUGCGGCCGAGAAUGGCGGGUGGCCAGUGGCAUCCUGAUGCGUCUUCCGAUGCUUUCGCUGGAGUGCGACACCGUGGCCAGCAACUCUGCGGUCAACUCAUGCGAAAAGGCGACCGCCUGGGAGCCAGCCCUGGGACUUCUACGAGGCACCGCCGACGUGGCCGACGUGGUCGCCUUCACCUCUGCGCUCUGCGCCUGCGCGUCCCGCUGGCGCCUGGCGCUGGCCCUGCUGCCGGAGAUGCGGACGCUGCGGCUAGCGCCGGACGACGUGUGCUUCAAUGCGGCCAUUGACGUUUGUGCAAGCGCUGGGCAGGUCGGCCAGGCUUGGGACCUCUUGCAGGCCUCUGAACGCGUGCUGCGGACACGGCCUAUCUCUUCUUUGCCUUGGGCACUUGCGAGGCUUCAUGUUGCUGAUCCGCACCUGGUGCAGAGCUGCUUUGCAGAGGCGGCGCCGCAGCUGGUAGCCGCCUCAGCGCAGCAACUGGCCACUGUCAUUUGGGCCUUCGCCACGCUGGGGCUCCAGUCCCCGCUCUUCGCGGAGGCCGUUGCCGCGCGUUUGGAUGACUUCGGCCUGGAUGACCUCUCCAUGAUCUCUUGGGCCCUGAUUGGCACAGAUGCAGGUGCCCUGGGUGCAGGGUUGUGCCACCGGGUGCAGGAGGCAGCGGUGAAGCAGAUGCGGCUUGCUGGGCGGCUUCAAGCUGCAAAGCGUGUGGAGGCAGUGCUGGGGGUGGUCUGGGCCUGGAACUUCUUAGGUCUGCUGGGCCGUCCGCUGCUGGCCACCGCACGGCGGACCGUGCUCCGCGCCGCCAGGGCAAAGGACGACCUCAAGGGCACAGAGGACGUGUCAGGCGCUCGGGGUGCGGCCAAACCGGGCAAGGUCGAGGGGACGAAGGUGGUGCCUGCCGUGCACAAAGAUCCCGUGAUUGUUCUGGACCUGUCGGACCGGCUGGUGAUUGGCAAGCCGCCAGGGUGGGAGGUGUAUGGGGGCAUGGUGGCGCGCCAGCUCAGCGAGUUCCUGGCAGGCCAGCGCGGGCGCCGGCCGAUUCUCAAGGACUUGGAGCACGGUUGCGGCUUCAUCCAUCGCCUUGACGUGCCCAGCUCUGGGCUGGUGUUGGCGGGCACCACCUACCAAGCCUGGUAUGACCUGCAGCUCCAGCUGGUCAGCGGCACGCUGCUCCGGGAGUACCUGGUGCUGUGCCACGGGCUCAUGCCCAAGUCCUUCAGAGAGCUGAGGGCCUCUUUGCGUUGGAACGAGUCCCCGGUGUCCGCCGGAAGCUUUGGCAAGCCUUGCCGGACCUUUCUGCGGGUGGUGGGCCACGGCUUCUACCGCUUCCAUCGCCGAGCUGGGAGCCUGCUGGUCAUCCGCAUUGGCACCGGGCGGAAGCACCAGAUCCGAAGCCACGCUGCCUGGGCGGGGCACCCCACCUGGGCAGACGGGAAGUACGUGGCGUGGAGCACCGCCCAGGAGGACUUUGCCUUCUGUGCCCGGAACUUCGUCCACCGGUGCCAUUUGGGCUUCGAUGCUGGGAGGCACGACGUUUGGCAGCCGCUGGCUCCAGAUUUGGUCUCUGCUCUGAAAGAGUUGGAACCCAAAAACGCGGAGUCGAGGCGGGCCUUUCGCGCCUCUUGUGCGGAACGCUUGGAGGACUUUGUGCGCCACCAGUGGGGCGAAAAAAAUGUGCUUGAGACGUUGGAAGUGUUGCAAACAGGUGCGGUUGACACAACGUUUUAG